AUGGAAGAUACCUCAUUCGCAUAUUCACAGGCCACGACUCGUGCUCGCGAGGGUAAUGGCAAACACGAACCGCCCCUGCUGAUUGAUCUCGUAGAUCGUUGCAAAGCGGAUAUUGAAUCCAAUGGCUGGAUAACGGCUUGUCUAGGUCUCGUCCAAGACGCCCUGAGGAAGACUAAUAUAUCAUGUCCUGGUGUGCUGUGUCUCGGUCUGGGGAGUCCCUCGUUGUCGCGUGAGGCCCGAGCGCAACUGGCUUUCCUCAUCAGUUUAUACACCACCUUGGAAAUAGCUCCAUCAGACGUGUCCGUAUAUGAUCCAGUGUUUACGGAUGCAGAUAAGGCACUAUUCCAGAGCUUUGGGAUGCGAUGCUUGGCAGACACAGCAAGUCUUUUGUUCUGUUAUGAUGGAAAGCACGAGGUAGAACAGCCAACAAUCCUGUAUAUGCCGCAUUGUGACCUCAAGCUGUACGAAAAUAUCAUUGGUGCUAAUUGGUCAGAAGAGCAACUGGCGCGUAUCAUCUUUAUUUCAAACCGGUUUAGCGAUUACACAGACAAGUACGUGUACACUAUCAUUUGA